CUCGGCUAACGAUUUCUAAGAUUUCCAGAACCAAAGGGGUUUGGGAAUAACACUUGGUGGCCAAUCAUGACGACCAAAACGAACACUCCAGAGUACUGGUUGAAUUGGAGAUUCUUCGUAUCUGCCAUAUGGAUCGUUGCAGCUAUGGUGGUUUCUGCAUUGAUGAUUUGGAGGUAUGAAGUCUCCUCAAAACCAACAAAUCAGCAUGGGGAGGAUCAGCAAGUAAAAGUAGGGACUUUACACAAGGAUGAUGUUUGGAAGACAUCUUACAAAUCCAUCAGUCCUAUUUGGUUGCUUAUUUACAGGAUACUUGCUUUCUUGCUGCUUCUGGGGUUGCUCAUUGCUGAUGGCGUUUUGCACAGUGGUCGAAUAUUUAUUUAUUACACUCAGUGGACAUUCACUCUUGUCACCAUAUAUUUUGGGGUAGCAUCGUUACAUUCCUUAUAUGGGCUGAGACUAUGUAGAAAGCCCUCUGCUGAAAGGAUUAACAUUAUGGGCUCAGAUGUCGAGAAUGGGCGUUACGUGUCCAGUAGUCAAGACGGACCACUUCUUCUGGAUGCUGCUGGAUUUUGGGUUUAUGCCAUGCAAAUAAUUUUUCAAAUGUGUGCAGGGGCUGUGGUGCUUACAGACAUUGUAUUCUGGCUCAUAAUUUACCCUUUUCUCACUAGUAAAGAUUACCGGUUGCAUUUUCUGGCCGUUUGUAUGCAUUCUGUGAAUGCUUUUUGCCUUUUGGUUGAAGUUGCUUUAAAUCGCCUUAAUUUCCCUUUCUUCCGAAUUGCAUAUUUUGUCCUGUGGACCUGCGUUUUUGUGACGUUCCAAUGGAUCAUCCAUAUGUGUGUUUCACUAUGGUGGCCUUAUGCCUUUUUGGACCUGUCAUCUCCAUAUGCUCCCUUAUGGUACUUAGGGGUUGGGGCGCUUCAUGUUCCAUGUUUCUUCAUCUUCACCCUUAUAAUAAAAACGAAAAGAUAUUUACUGUCAAGAUUUCUUCAGAGUAAUGUUGGAAUAUAGUAAAGCUGAGAAAGGUCGCAUGCUCAACUCCAGCAGCGGUUUCUUUGAACACUCAUGUAUGAAAUAGUAAUAUUUGAAGAUCCUCUUUGCUAGUUUAGCAUUACUUUUAGCCCAUGAUUGUGUAGUUAGCAAGUACACCCUUCAAAGAUGUGUGUGAACAGAGGAGAUGUUAAUGACUCUAUUUCUUGAGGUGGGCUAGAAGGCAGUCUCUAAGCGUGGCCAAGGCAACUUAUAUUGGAACAGACUCUAAGGGUUGGACGCGGUCCGGUUCGUUUAUUCUUCCAGCUUUUAUUGUUGUGUCACUAAAUUACUGAAAGAUAAUGCAGUCAAAUUGAUAUUGUACUGUCAUUUUGGUUGUGCAGUUUUGCUCAUAAGUGGUAUAGGUAUCAUGGCUUGUAUUGUUAGCUGAAGGCUGAAGCUAAACGACAGGGAUACUUGUAUUCAUCAUUCUUAUAUUAUUGGAAAUUAAUUUUGUGCGUAGUUAUUGCAAUCCAAAUAAUGAAAUUGUAGCUAUUGUUGGACACGAAGUACUAUCACUAGCUUAUUAAAACUCCUAGUUGACAACGUCUUAUCUUUCUGAGUACUCAUGUUUCCA